AUGGCCUCCGCCCAAGUGUAUCCAGCCUCCGAACCGGCGAGAUGGAUCUACCUCGACAGGAUCCGGACCCGACCCGGUCCGUUUACAAACCCCGACAUCUUCAGCGGCGAGCAGGUGGCUGCGGCUAUGGAAACGAUGAAGAUAUUGGUUAUUGGAGCUGGAGGAUUGGGCUGUGAGCUCUUGAAAAACCUCGCUCUGUCUGGGUUCAAGGACAUCCACGUCAUCGACAUGGACACGAUCGACAUCUCGAACUUGAACCGGCAAUUCCUCUUCCGCCAGGCAGACGUCGGAAAGUCCAAAGCCGAAGUGGCUGCUCGGUUUGUCGAGAAGCGGGUAAAGGGGGUCAAAAUUACACCACACAACUGCAGGAUCCAGGAUUUCGACGAGGACUUCUACAUGCAAUUCCAGCUUGUCGUGUGCGGGCUGGACAGCAUCGAGGCGCGCCGGUGGAUCAACGCGACGCUCAUCAACAUGGUGGACGAGGAGGUCGAAGACAGCUACAAGCCCCUCAUUGAUGGGGGCACGGAGGGCUUCAAGGGCCAGGCCCGCGUCAUUUUCCCAACCGUCACAUCCUGCAUCGAAUGCCAGCUGGAUAUGCACGCCCCGCGCGCGGCCGUCCCGCUCUGCACCCUCGCCAGCAUUCCCCGACAGCCAGAACACUGCGUCGAAUGGGCGCACGUCAUCGCCUGGGACCAAGAGAAGCCCUUCCCCGAGCUCGACAAGGACGACCCGGAGCACAUCACCUGGCUGUACCAAAAAGCGCUCGCCCGCGCGCAGGAGUUCAACAUCUCCGGGGUGACGUACUCCCUGACACAGGGCGUAGUCAAGAACAUCAUCCCGGCGAUCGCCGCGACCAACAGCGUGGUCGCGGCAGCCUGCUGCAACGAGGCGCUCAAGAUCGCGUCCAACUGCGCGCCCUUCCUGGGCCUGCCCGAGGAGAACUACAUGAUGUACUCGGGCAACGACAGCGUCUACACGUACACGUUCAAGCACGAGAAGAAGGACGACUGCCCCGUGUGCGGCCAGCUGGCGCGCGACUUGACCGUCGAUCCCGCCUGGACCCUGCGCGAGCUGGUCGAGUCCUUCGCCGCGCGGCCCGAGGCCCAGCUCAAGAAGCCGAGCCUGCGCGCCGAGGGCAAGACCCUGUACAUGCAGUCGCCGCCGAGCCUGGAGGCGCAGACGCGGCCGAAUCUGGAAAAGACGUUGACGGAGCUGGGCCUGGAGGCGGGACAGGAGAUCGGUGUGACGGAUCCGGCGUUUGCGACGGUGCUUUUCAAGUUCAAGCUUAAGUUCAAGCCAUGA